UAUAAGUAGCUGCUUGUUGCUAGCUAGUACGUGUACGCCAAGGCCAAGACGACGACGACUUGGGAAUUCAUUUGCAUCGGCAACGACGAUGAAGCUCGCCGUGGUCGCCGUCGCGGCGCUCCUCCUCGCCGCCGGCGUCGCCUCCGCCGAUGAAUUCGACUUCUUCUACCUCGUCCAGCAGUGGCCUGGCUCGUUCUGCGACACGCAGGCUGGGUGCUGCUUCCCGGACACCGGCAAGCCGGCGGCGGAGUUCGGCAUCCACGGCCUGUGGCCCAACUACGCCAAGUGCCGUCCCGCCGCCGGCGCCGUCGCCGACGACGACGACGGCGUGGUGGAGAUGGUGGUCGACGGCGGCGCCGCCGUCGAGCGCCACCACCGGCGGCGGCAGAAGUGCUGGCCGGAGUACUGCGACGACGGCAACAAGCUGCGGCCGUGGGAGAUCAAGGACCUCGUGGCGGAGCUCGAUGCGAACUGGCCGACGCUGUCGUGCAAGGGCGGCAAGAGCUUCGAGUUCUGGAGCUACGAGUGGAAGAAGCACGGCACCUGCUCGGGCAUGGGCCAGCACGGCUACUUCGCGGCGGCGCUGGAGCUCAAGAAGCGGCACGACCUCGCCGCCGUCCUCGCCGGCGCCGGCAUCGUCCCCUCCGACGACGAGAGCUACUCCCUCGGCAGCAUCCGCGACGCCAUCGCCGCCGCCACGGGCGCGGUGCCCAACCUCGAGUGCAACCGCGACGCCGCCGGCGAGACGCAGCUGUUCCAGGUGUACCAGUGCGUCGACCGCUCCGGGAAGAAGCUCGUCGACUGCCAACUCCCGAUGCAGGGCAAGUGCCGCGACAAGGUCAAGCUGCCCACGUUCUAGCUAGCUAGCUCCCCCGUCGCCAUCGUCGCCGGCGAGAGCUCGCCGUCGCCGGCAUGGCGGCGCGCCGGCGGCUGGCUGGUCUUGGAUGUCUGAUGGAUGUCACGUGCGUUUGCGUUGUUGCGUGGUGCGGUUUUCAGAUUACGAGAGAUUCGAGGAUUUGUCCAGUUGGAUUGCUACAUGUGUACGUUACAUUUGGCACUAUCUGCUGACUUGCUGAACAGUUGAAUAAUAACAUAUCAAGUUUUACCAGUUGAGAUGAA